UUUGUGGGACUUUUACUUUAGAGACCAGAGGGUUUUGUGGGUCUUGCACAGAGAGAGAGAGAGAGAGAGAGAGAGAGUCUGAAAAGUGAUUUUUGGGGUGAAGGGUAAAAGGUCUCUUUUUAUGCUGUAUUUAUGUGUUUUUGGAGUUGGGAGUUGUGGCUUCAGAGUUGUUUGCACUUUGCAACAAAUCUUUUGAAAGUUUCAGAACACAAAAAAUGACUAGUUCUGGAAACACGUCCUCUGAGGCGACGACUGAGGAUCCUGGCAUUAAGCUCUUUGGCAGAAAGAUUCAUUUGCCGGAAUGUUCGAUUCCGGCCAGGCCGGAUGUCAUGGAAUCUUGCUGUGAUACAACAAAAGUAGUAGUAGACAACUUAUGGAAGGCACAGAAGCCAUCUGCUUCAGGUGAUAAGAAUGAAGAGCCCCAUACUCCUGUACCGGUUGAGGCGCCAGUAGAUCAUAUGCCCAAGGAACUGCAGGUGGAGUCUAAUACUGCAGAAGAAGAUAAAGUUUUUAAGAAGCCAGACAAGCUACUUCAAUGUCCAAGAUGCAAUAGUUUUGACACAAAAUUUUGCUACUUCAACAACUAUAACGUCAAACAACCCAGGCAUUUCUGUAAGAACUGCCAGAGAUAUUGGACAGCUGGUGGAACAAUGAGAAAUGUUCCGGUGGGUGCUGGGAGACGAAAGAACAUGCACUUAGCUUCUCAGCACCGUCAAAUAAUGGUAUCCUAUAAAGGAGUAGCAACGAUGAGGUCAGAAGCCCUGGAUCAGAUGGGAAAUGGGACAUUUCUAAAAUUUGGUCCUGAAGCAACUCUUUCUGAAUCAAUAAAGACUUUUCCUCACUUAAGAAAACAGAAACUAUGUGUUGAGAUGGGUUCUGGAAAUGUUGGAGAAAAUAAAGAGCGUCCUUCAUGCAGAUUGUCCAUGACAGCUUCCAGUAAUCAGGGAAAUCAAUCAAGUGAAAAUAUUGUACAAAUGGAGAGAGUUGGUUCAUGGGAUCAUGUAACAAUGCAUUCUUUGGAUUGUUCCCCUGUUCCUCAAUGGGGUUUCCCUUGGACUGCAGGUUUGCAUAAUGCUACCUCUGUGGCAACAGAAGAAAAUGCUUCUGAGUGCAUCACCAUACCAAAUGGCAGUGAUCCAUAUCCAGGUCAGUGUUACCCCACACCAAGGCUUGCAGUUCCAGGUUUUCACCCUCCAAGCAUUCCGUUACAGUUUCUACCGGCAUCAUAUUGGGGUUGUACACCAGUUUGGCCUGCCGGAGCAGGGAGCGUGUCAAUGACUGGAUCUAGUAUUUGCCUAUCCCCAUCCCCCUCUAUCAGUUGCUACCCUAGCAGUGACACGACAAUUUUAGGCAAGCAUUCCUGAGAUGUACAGAUUAUGAGUGAAGAGAGAUCAGAGACGUGUAUCUUGGUUCCAAAGACCUAAGAAUUGAUGAUCCUCUUGAGGCUUCAAAGAGUCUCAUAUCGACAUUAACAAUUAAGCUGACAUUAAGGAAUCAAUGCCGAAGGCAUAAGGAUCUUGCUAGCAAACCCAGCACAGCCCUUUAUCGCUCUCAUACAUUUCAAGAGAGCACCAAACAGGCUCUGAGACCUGAUUUGUUCGUUGAGACAGAUGAUCUUGGCAUAUUGCUGGACUCUCCUUCUGGGUAGAAUGUAGCAAUCGAGAAAUAAUGCAGAAUUACUUUGAUAUGAAACCAUCAUUUACUUUAAGUCUGUUUUGACCAAUGAACUCUUAGAUAGGUGAUUUAUUAGAUAUUCAAAAAAUUACAAAUCAACAGGGAGGCAUGUAUGUAGUUUUCUGCUAUGAGUCAAUAUUGUAAAUGAUAGAUAAGAGUUGGUCGUUUUAUGGUCUGCAGCCUAUUUAAUGAAAGACAUUUGAAUGUUUUGGAA